UCCCUUCCGAACCCUGGUACCCCGAACGAGGCCGGCCCCAGAAACGAGCAAGAGCCUGCCUCCCAUUCGCAUUUGACUUUCAACUCUCCCUUCAUCCGCUUGUUAUCGCGCAAAGUUAGGGUGGUGCUAAGGGCCGCCCGAAGAGCUCGUUUGCCAUGCUUCUUCCUAAAGGUGGCAUUACUUGGAAGUCUGCAAGGGCACAACUUCCACGCACCAGAGCGAUCUGGAUCUUCUUAACAAGAACCCGCGUGCUCCUUUCUAUCGCUGUCGCCGGCAUCAUUUUAUUACUAUGGCGCGGUAUCAGAACCUCGGCAAGCGAGAUGCAAAGCUUCUACUGCUGGGGACCUUCAAAACCACCAAUGGAUAUGACACUCAACGAACAACAGGCGUGGAACGCUCACCUACAAACUCCUGUUAUAUUUAAUCACCAUGCUCCGAUUACCAUCAACGAGUCGUCGAUAACACAUGUCAACCUCAAUGGAAUUAGGUCUACGCGCCAAGCUAUCGACAACAACGAACGAGUACUCCUACUCACACCCCUUAAGGAUGCCGCGCCGUACCUCUCAAAAUACUUUGAACUUAUUGCUGAGCUGUCGUAUCCUCAUCGCCUUAUCGACCUUGCGUUCCUCGUUGGGGACUCGACUGAUGACACUCUAGGUGUGUUGGGUAUGGAGCUUGAUCGCAUCCAGAAGCGCCCCGACAACAUCCCGUUCAACAGCGUAAUGGUUGUAGAAAAGAAUUUCGGUAGUCAACUUAGCCAGUCUGUUGAGGAUCGACAUAGUUUUGAGGCUCAGGGUCCACGACGAAAGGCCAUGGGUCGCGCUAGGAAUUAUUUGCUGUCUGCUGCAUUGAAGCCAGAACAUUCUUGGGUAUAUUGGCGCGAUGUCGACAUCGUAGAUAGCCCUAAGAGGAUCCUCGAGGACUUCAUCGCUCACGAUCGAGACAUUCUAGUUCCCAACAUUUGGUUCCACCGUUAUGAAGGCACAGGGGAUAACAAAUACGAUAUUGAAGGCAGAUUCGACUAUAACUCUUGGAUUGAGUCAGACAAAGCUCUGAAACUUGCCUCUAAACUAGAUAAGAACAUAGUUCUGGCAGAAGGUUACAAGCAAUAUGACACGGGUAGAACAUACAUGGCGCGGAUGGGCGAUUGGCGAAACGACCCGGAUGAGGAAAUUGAGCUUGAUGGUAUCGGCGGCGUUAACAUCCUGGUGAAGGCGGAUGUUCAUCGAUCAGGUAUCAACUUCCCAUGCUACGCAUUUGAAAAUCAAGCCGAGACAGAGGGUUUCGCAAAGAUGGCCAAAAGAGCAGGUUACGAAGUCAUCGGUCUGCCUAAUUAUGUCGUCUGGCAUAUUGACACAGAAGAGAAGCCAGGGAACGCAUAGACUAGCGGCACCCGGCUUUUUGGAAACGAAGCAUUUUAGAAUAAUAUUUCCUUAUCUAACAUACUCGCAUUCCUUCAGUGUACCAAAUUGGUCCGCCAAUCUCGAGCAUUCGACGUCCAGGCGAGACAGGGAACGUAAUACUUGUACGAGCAACUCACGAAACACGCUACAUUACUGCAUCAAAAU